CUCCGUGGGUGGAACCCCAGGAAUGACUCCGCUGGUGCUGGCGCUCACGCACCGCCUGGUCUCACACUGUGUCCCACAGGACGGGGCAGGCUGGAAGGGACCGCGCUGUGCAUCUGCUCCAAGCUCCCUGCUCGAGCAGGGCCAUGGCGGAGCACAGGGCACGGGACUGCACCCGGAUGGCUCGCAAGUGUGCCCAGCGAGGGAGCCUCCCGCUCUGUGAGCGGCGGUGACGCGGCCCCGCCCGCAGGAUGUCCAUGGGGCCGGGCCGUGUCACCGCGCUCCUCACCGCGGCCAGGCCCGACCGCCCGGCGCCGCGCCCCGACCGCCGCGUCACUUCCGGCGCGCGUGCGCGGUGCGGCUCCCUCUGCGUGUCUGCGCCGGCGGAAGAUGGCCAAGCGCACCAAGAAGGUCGGGAUCGUGGGUAAAUAUGGGACCCGUUACGGUGCAUCCCUUAGGAAAAUGGUGAAGAAGAUUGAAAUCAGCCAGCACGCCAAGUAUACCUGCUCCUUCUGUGGCAAGACCAAAAUGAAGAGGAAGGCUGUGGGUAUCUGGCACUGUGGAUCCUGCAUGAAGACAGUUGCUGGUGGUGCCUGGACUUACAAUACCACCUCUGCAGUGACAGUCAAAUCUGCCAUCAGAAGACUGAAGGAACUGAAAGACCAGUAGAAGCUACUUCCUGUUCUCCUUGUGAAACAUCCUUUUUUCUGCACUGUCAAGAUCUGUCCUUUUAUUAAUAAAAGGGUGAUGAUGGA